CAGUCGCUUUGCGCAACGCUGUUACUCAACCAGGCGUCGUUACAUAUGAGCAGGAGGGCGCGCCUCUGUGUGCAUGUGUGCUCUUCGGGCGAGAAGUUCAUUUCAGCCUUUUCAUUAAACAAAACCCCGAAGAGAGAGAGAGAAACAUGACAUUCUAUAGGAACGCUGUCUGGUUCGUAAAAGGACUUCAGGAGUAUACGAAGGGAGGCUACGAAGCUGCCGCAAAACAUUUUGCCCAAGCAGACCUGGAUGUGAAUUUGGCCGGGAGGUCCUUCAUGAUCACUGGGGCGAACAGCGGGAUUGGAAAAACUGCAGCAACUGAGAUCGCAAAGAGAGGCGGGACCGUUCAUCUCGUCUGCCGGAACAAGGACAGAGCUGAAGAGGCGAAGGGAGACAUCGUGAAGAACAGUAACAAUGAGAAUAUCCAUGUUCACAUUUUGGAUCUGUCCAGUCCUAGAAAGGUUUGGGAGUUUGCAGAACAAUUCAAGAAGGACAACAAUUUACAUGUUUUGGUUAACAAUGCAGGGUGCAUGGUGAACCAGAGAGAGCUGACGGAGGAUGGACUGGAGAAGAAUUUUGCUACCAACACUUUAGGAACAUAUAUUUUGACCCAAGCAUUGAUACCAACCCUGAAAGCAUCCAGUGACCCCAGAGUGAUCACUGUGUCUUCAGGGGGUAUGCUGGUUCAGAAGUUAAAUGUGGAUGAUCUGCAGUUUGAGAAGGGGCAGUUUGAUGGGACCAUGGCCUAUGCACAGAACAAAGGUUCUCUUGGCCAGAGCUGUGUGUCCCGGGGUCAGAGCAGCAGAAUGCCAUGGGUUCUGUGGUGACGUCUGAUGGAGAUG